CUUUCUCUCUUCUUCCUCUCUCAUACAAACCACACAAUCAAUUUCUUCACUCCGCUACUAUUUUCAUGGCGGAUCGUGAUCGUCCACAGCCCCACCAAGUCCAAGUUCACACUCAGUCACGCUACGAUCAAGGCGGCGGGAUGAAGUUUCCACAAAAGGGUCCAUCAACUAGCCAAGUUUUGGCAGUCGUCACUCUCCUCCCUGUCGGUGGAACCCUACUGGCACUAGCCGGACUGACCCUUGUUGGAAGCCUUAUUGGCCUUGCUGUGACCACCCCUCUAUUCAUCAUCUUCAGUCCGGUUCUCGUUCCAGCCGCAAUUCUCAUUGGCCUUGCUGUCACUGCUUUCCUUACUUCCGGUGCCUUUGGGUUAACCGGGCUGUCGUCACUUUCUUGGGUUGUGAAUUCGUUGAGGCAGGUUACUGGGGCCAUGCAGGAGCAGCUGGAUUACGCGAAGAGGCAGAUGGCAGAUACGGCCACGCAUGUUGGGCAGAAAACGAAGGAGACUGGGCAGGUGAUACAGCCAAAAGCACAGGAAAGUAGAGAAAGUAGUGGUGGUAGAACUUGAAGAUGGAUGAUGGUACAUUAUUAAGAUCCAGGUUCCAUGGCUCGAAUAAAUGCUUGUUGCUGUUUUCAUAAGUUUCUCUUUUUUUUUUUUUUUUUUUUUUUAGUGUGUGUAUGUGUGCGCGCACGCUGUGUGUGUUUAAUCUGUUGCUUGCUUACUGUGGAAUGUAAUGGAGAAACGUUUGUAAAAUGCAAGCUGGGUUUAACCUUGCUCAUCUUUCAUAAUUCAGACAAUUACUUCAUUUUUAUCAA